CCAUUCUUUAUUUCUUUCGAUUUCUCGUUUUCUUGGUCCUCUCUCUCUCUCUCUCUCUCUCUCUCUCGUUACGGGGACGCAAGUUUGCUGUCAUGAAAGUAGAGCUAUGUGAGUGAUGAUAUGAUAUGAUUCUACGAUUCCCCUUACCUUACCUUACCACUUCUUAUUUUCAGCGCACCAAGGAAACAACAACACGUUGAAAAUCGAGGAUUAUUCCAAGACCCAUUUCCCCAGGUCGAUUUUCUCACGUGCCUUCAAACCUAUUCCCCUCAAGAUGGAUUCUCGUUGCAUUGAUGACAACAAAGAAGACAAUGAAAUGAAGUCUGCUGAAGGAUUUGAAGAUAUAUUUGGAGAUCCAGAAGUUCUGCCUCGUGUUGGAGAGGAAUACCAGGCAGAAAUUCCUUCACUAAUUACAACACCUUAUCUUUCUCAGCUUGUGAAGAAGACAAGAGAUUCAGAAAUCACUGUCAUCGAGCAAGAGUCUAUGUCACUAGGAUUGCCCAUUCCUCUUAAGUGGGCACAUUGCAAAUUUGAAGGUAGUUGUGGUUGUGGGCUUUCAGAAUCUUUCACAAGUGAAGCGGGGCCAAUUAUUUCCGAGAAUGAAUGUCCAGAAGUUGAAGUGACACUUCAGACUGUUUCACAUGGUGGAGAGAAAAAUGUAGGAGGGUUCUCAAAUUUUGAAUCAUCUUCUAAAAGUGUUCAGCCAAGAGGGAAGUAUCUUCUCCCUGGAUUGUUGGAUGAUCAAUCUUGGACAGAUAUUGAAUACAACAAUUUUCUUCUUGGCCUCUAUGUAUUUGGGAAGAACCUUAAAUUUUUAAAGAGAUUUGUUGGGAGUAGAACUAUGGGAGAUAUAUUGUUUUUCUAUUACGGAAAGUUUUUCAAGUCUAAAGAAUACUGCCGAUGGUCAGAGUGCCGAAAGUUGAGAACUAAGCGGUGUAUAUAUGGCCAGAAAAUAUUCACAGGAUGGAGGCAGCAAGAAUUGCUGUCAAGAUUAUUUCCCCGCGUGCCAGGGGAGUCUCAAACUACAUUGGUGGAGAUUUCAAGGAAAUUUGUGGAGGGAAAGAUGCCUUUUGAAGAAUAUGUAUUUGCUUUAAAGGAUGCAGUUGGCAUUGACUUACUUAUAGCUGCAGUAGGUAUUGGAAAAGGGAAGCAAGAUCUCACCGGCACUGCUGUUGAGCCAACAAAGAUCAAUCACACAUUCUCUGUUCGCCCUGAAAUACCAAUUGGCAAAGCUUGCUCCUCUCUUACACCUGCAGAUGUAAUCAAGUUUCUCACAGGAGAUUUUAGGUUGAGUAAAGCUCGAUCCAGUGAUCUCUUUUGGGAAGCUGUUUGGCCUCGUCUGUUAGCAAAAGGCUGGCAUUCUGAACAGCCUAUAGAUCAAGUUGUUUCUGGAUCAAAACAAUCUUUGGUUUUUCUUGUACCUGGUGUUAAGAAAUUUUCAAGAAGGAAACUGGUUAAAGGUGACCACUACUUUGAUUCUAUAAGUGAUGUUUUGAAUAAAGUAGCAUCUGACCCUGGGCUUCUUGAGACUGAAAGUCAAGCAACUGAGGGAAGUGCAGAUAGGAAAAAAACAGAAGACCAAGGAGACCUAGAGGGUGUGCCAAAUAGAGAACAAGUUCAUUACCUUCAACCUCAAAGUUCAAAGACCAAUCAAGAUCUCACAAAAUUUACAAUUGUAGAUACCAGUAUGUUUCAUGAUAUGAAUCAACAUAAAGUGACACAGAUGAGAAGCUUACCUUUUCAAACUAUGAGUGUAUCUACCAUCUCAAGCUGCUCUAGUGAAUCUGAGCACGAUACAUCUGAAGAAUCAGAAGAUCAGGCUGAACAAGAUAAUGCUUCAAGCCCUAUUGAAGAUCGGGUGGAACAAGCUAAUGCCUCAAGCCUUAUUGAAGAUUGGGUAGAACAAGCUAAUGCUUCGAGCCUUAUUGAAGAUUGGGUAGAACAAGCUAAUGCUUCAGGCCCUAUUGAAGAUCGGGUAGAACAAGCUAAUGCUUCAAGCCCUAACAAAGAUCAAGUUGAACAAGCUAAUUCUUCAUAUCCUAUUCAAGACCAGGUUGAACAAGCUAAUUCCUCAAACCCUAUUGAAGAAUUCUCUGAUAAGGGGUUGAGCAUAGACUCUUCAGAUUGUACUCAUGUUCUUGAAGCCCUCAACACCACCAAUGAAGUAAAGUAUCAUAGAUGUCAUUCUGAUCUGCAUAAUGAUGAGCAUUCAAGGGAGAUCAAUGAACACCCCUUUAUUCAAAAGAUGACAUCUGAUUGCACAAUUCCCUGCAUCACAUCGAUGCAGAAGUUAAGAGCUUGUAACCAUGGAGAAUUUAGCCACUGCACUGAAAGUACUUCUGUGGAUAGAAAGUUUGAUUUAAAUGAGCCAAUCUCACCAUCAAAUCUGCAUGAAGCAUCUGAUGGCAUGGUUUUGUCUAUGGGUUUAAAAAAUUUGCCUUUCCCAAGUUAUCUGGCUAAAGGAAGUCCAAGCAUGAGCAAUGAAGGCAGUGUCACUGAGAACCACCUGGUUGGAGAAAUUUCUGCAGAAAAUUCUGAAACCAAGAUGCUGAUUGACUUGAAUUUUCCUCAAGUUUCACCUGAGUUAGGACUUGAAAUGGAAAUACCAUCCUCUAUGGUCAGACCGCAAAAUGACAAUCAAUGUGCAGAUACAUCAUCUUCUCCAUCUGAGAUAGCCCAGUUCAAUGCCACACAGGAGUUUCCUGAUGGUAAUAAGGAGCAGCAGUCUAGCCUUGCCAACCGUCGCCAGAGCACAAGGAACCGGCCAUUGACCACAAAAGCAUUGGAAGCUCUUGAGUACCGAUUUAUCAACUCAAAGAGGAAAAGAAAGAACACAGAAUGUUCAGACAAUAAUUCAAAGUCCAAAUGUGUACGUGUAAGUAGUGGGACAGUUAAUAGUGCUACUAGUGAUAAUGGCAUUGAGGAUUCUGUGACUGAUACAAGAGCAGAGGAAGAGAAUGUUAUCCAAGCAUAUAGUUGUAGCAUCGAUCUGAAUGGGGGCUCAUUAUAAUUUGUGAAAAAGGUUGGGGCAGCUUCUUCUCGAGGGGUAUCAAGUUCAUAAAACUUUCUGGUUUUGAGCUUAAACUGCUAAUAAUUUCAUUGGUUCAAAUGUAUCAUAAGCAUACAUGAAGAAGAUCAAAGUCAUCAGUCCAUAUUCACUUUCUCUUUUUUCCAAACAUGUGACUGGUAGAAUAAUAGAAUAAAAUCAGAAUUUAUAACAUGAUUAAUUAUAUAAAGAUAGACCAUUGAUGCCAAAGCUGUGAUCUAAGUUUCUCUCUUUAACAGGAACGUAAGUUGUAGUU